AAUUUGCUAGAGUCUUCUCACAGUUCUGAAACGUUUAGUAGUCGAAUUGCUGAGUGUUAAUUUCUCCGCUUCCUAUCGUUUUACCAGCGUGCGCUCCCGUAACGCUCGCGCUACAUCGGUAAGCUUACAAAUUGUCCUUAUUUCGUUGGCCAUUAUGGUCUGGCUCGUUAUCCCCUUUCUUGUCAUAUUGUAUGUCCUUUCCCGUGUAAUUCUUAUGGCCUUAGUCAAGUAAAAUACAUGUCUAUCAUUGUGGGUAAUUCGCCUCCGAGUUCACUUAAAUUCCAAUUCGAAACAACAUUUAAUUCUUUGGUAAUACUAACUCCCCAAGGGGAUGUAUUACAUAAUGGUGGCAGCGCUUUUUGAACUCAACCACAAUGAAUGAUGAUGAUGUUAUUACUGGCGGGUCUAGAAUUCCACGAACUCCCAUACAACCCAGUGUGCCCCAAAUUAAUGUUCCCCGGCCCAGUGAGCCAACUGUUGCUAGAUCGCUUAAUUUUGAUAAGUUGCAUGUUGAACCCCAAAUUGCACCUGAUACAUGUCCAGCUUGUACCACUCCCAAACCAAUUUCUGAACCGGCUAGUAAACCCGCUUCUUCCGUUGUAAGUACACAACCAUCUAGAGUUAGUUCUCAGUUAAGUAAGCUUAGGUCUAACGGUGCGUACGAAGCCGUAGCUCGUCUUGAUCUUGUUUCCAGACGGAAACCCAGAGGUAGUUUUGCCUAUGGAACCGUUUCAGAGAAGCGUUCACCCUCUAUUUUUGCUAGAAUUGCUGCGCGUAUUUCUCCAGCUAAGUCUCCUCCAAAAGUUUCGCCUAAGUCUAGUUCAGUAGCAAAAACUGUGUUAGGGUUUUUCACGAGGAACUCCCCGAAUGGAAAAUCAACUGAACCUGAGCCUACGACAUCUAUUCAACAAAAUCAAGAACAAUCAACAGAAGAUAUUCCAGCCAAAAACGAGCCAGCUUCCGUACCUUAUCCUUGCGAUCAAGAGCCUGAAGGAGAGAGAAGCGAACUUUCAGUCGACCGAUCCGAAGACCUGGGUACAGCUAAUUUGGUUGAUUCAAGACAUCCGUCUAUCGAACCACUAUUUACCCGAACCGAAUCCAACGACGGUGUGGACAGAACCUACGAUCCUGCUGAGACAUCUGACGUCGAUCCUACAGGUGAAACUACACGCACAGGUGAAGAAAACAACCCAAUCGGAAGCCCAAGCGUCCGUGCUGACAUCGAUCUUCAUAUCACAUGCGAGACAAUUCCUGAUAUUUCUGCUGAGUCAAAUUCACUACAUCACGGAACUGCAAGGCGUGACACCACAGAAACACGAGACAAUCUUAGCCUCGUUUCAGAAUUUUGCAACUUCCAUCAGACACCGAGAAGAACGCUACCUACAUCUAACGAACGAAGUGAGAGAGUUAUCCUCCCACUUAGAAGUUCAGCUACUGACCCAUCAACAGUCGUUCCUGAUAGACAUCCGCAAUUUAAUCUUCUACCUGCGGGAGCUACGCCUGCUGACUCCGCUGGAACCGCUAAUCCCGGAAAUCAACUCGUUGCUGAGGAAAUUGGACAACUUCCCGGGAGCAGUCAACCCGAACAACGUGCAGUUGGCGGAGGAGAUCAAACAAACACUCUCCCAAAUCAAGGACCAAUUGCCACGGUUCCUACCAUCCCAUACGGCGGAGGACGUACCUCAACCACCCGCGGCCCAACAACCAGCACACCAUCAAGAGGAGAGGACCGUUCGCCGUCCACGACAGGUGCGAUUCGCCGACCACCGCCCUAUUCGCUUCUCCCGUCGUCGAUGUUCGACCCGACGCCCACGCAUACUGAUUACGCCACCCAGGAGCGUCGCAGACGUUACAGCGAAUCUCGAUCAUCUACGAACAGCAUUACAACACAAUCUCACAAUUCAAGACAGGAGAACUUAAGAGCGCAAGAAACAAAUCCUAAGAACAUGGCUCAAUGUCCUUCCCCUAGUAGAGCAGCUACAGCUAGAGAUCUUGAUGAUCUCCAGAAUAAUCAGCAUACCUUUUCCCGUUUGCAGUUACUUCCUUCGUUUUCCGGAAGUCCACUUACGCGUUUCGACUCUUGGCUAGAAUCUUUCGAAGCUAUAGUAGACACAUCAGGAUGGUCAGGAGAGAAAAUUGUCCAAAUGCUUCGUGCUAAGUUAACAGACAGAGCUUUUUCCGUAAUUCAGGCCAUUUUGAAAGAUCUUCCGCAUGAUUAUGAUUCGGUCAAAGAAGCUUUGCUCGAUCAUUUUCACGGCGACGAAAAUGUUGAUUUAUAUCUUAAGAAAUUUAACAAAGCUAAGCGUAAGCCAGGAGAAAAGAUCGUUGAUUAUGCCUUUCGACUUCAGGAAAUUUUCAAGCGUGCAUAUCCUGUAGCUCACUCUGAGAAGUCUUUUGCAAUCAUUUUAAUGCAGAAAUUUAUUGAAGGCUUAGAUUCCAAACUACAGACGAAAGUUAAGUAUAAGGACUUUAAGGAUUUUGGCGAACUAGUUACUUCAACACGGACGUAUGCUAGUAGACUAGAAGCGUUAGAAACAGAUCGUGAAAGGCAGGAGUUUAUUCGGUCUAUUGAUGGCACACAUGGCACCAAUAGCGCAGAAUUGACAGAGCUUAAGCAAAUGAUAGUAGAUCAGAAAGAAAUGAUGAUGAAGGCAGUGGCUAACGUUCACCAUGAAGACAAGCCUGUUGUGGAAAAGAAAACUGAAAGUGAGCAGAUUAGGGACGUUCUUAGUGAACUCGUGCAGAGCGUAAAGAAACUCCAUCUCAAUAGGAAAGACGUCUCAUAUCCUUCAAACACACAGUAUAGGAAACAGGUCUCGUUUCAACCGACUUUAGCUAAUCAGCAAGAUGGUAACGUGAGAGCUCCGCAGCAGCGCUUCAAUAACAAUAAUGGAAAUAGACAAUUUGUAAACUCCCAAAAUAGUUCUACAAACAGUAGUCCGCCAGCCCCCAGACCUCCAAAUGAUUUCAAUAAUCGACCUUUACAGUCGUCGGUUGUUUGCAAUUUUUGCGGUUACCGAGGUCAUAUUCAGGCAGAUUGUCGCCGUUAUCAACGUCAAGGACUAGAACAAGCUCAGCCGCCUAUUUGUUAUUCUUGCCGUGACAUCGGGCAUAGAUCUAACAAUUGUCCUAAGUUCAGAAACAAUAAUAGACCUCAUUCCCGGUUCUCCUCAACAUCAGGAAAACCAGUAGGAAUCAACUGUAGCUUCGGGUCAGUUGAUGAAGAGCCUCCCCGCAAAUCCCGACAAGUCGCAAAAUUAACAACAAUUACGAAUGAAUCGACUCCAAGAAUUCCGUUAAAGAUUUUCCAGGUCCCGUUCCAAGCAUUAUUCGAUACAGGCGCGUCUAAAAGCAUUUUACAUGAACGUUUAUUUAAGAAGUUACCCCCUAGAGGUCAGGCGAUCUGCAGCCAGCUUGACUUCGAUUUAUAUGAUGUAGGAGAAAAUAAGUUACAUACGCUGGGAAAAGUGACUCUGCCCGUUGGAUACGGGGAGACAAUUUUACAGCAAGAAUUUAUUGUUACAAACGGUGUUUCUGAAGAUUGUAUCCUUGGAUGGGACGCAAUCCAGAAGCAUGGUUUUCAGCUUGAUGGAGAAACAAAGAGUAUUUACUUAGCUAGAGAUGGGCAAGGCCCCUCUUCUAUUUUUAGGGUGCCGGAAAUGGCAGUUACAGCAGUCAAAAAGACGACGUUACCUCGUCAGACGUCGCUAGUAACUGUAGGCCAAUUGAAGGGUUCAUUUCCGUAUGUACCUCCGAAUUCGGCAUUUAUCUUCACACCAUGUGAGAAUUUGCCAAAUGGAAUUUAUAUUGAAGAAUUUAUAGGAAAGGUAUCGGGAGAUGGAGCAUAUAACAUUAUAGUCGAGAAUCAUUCGUUACAGCAAGUCACAAUUCCACGAAACACCAAGUUAGGCGUUAUUGAAAUCGCUCAGCAGAUUAUCGGAAAAGUAGCGUUAAAUACAUCAGAAAUUAAGCCCAUAGAAUCAAGAGAGCCUAUUGUAAUUUCGGAAGUCGACCCGGAAUUUCAUUUCAAGCACCGCUCUCUCAAUUAUUAA